CCCCAGCGCGGCAGCGGUGGCGAUGGCGGCGCGGGGCCGGUGCCCCGAGUGCGGCUCGGAGUCGCUGGUGGAGGACGCGCACUACACGCAGCAGCAGCUGGUCUGUGCCGCCUGCGGCUGCGUCCUGUCCGAGGGGCUCCUCACCACCACCUACACCGACGAAGAGCAUCUGCGGGAGGUCGCCUAUUCCCAGAGCACUGGCCAGAAGGAGCAGCUGAGCCGCUGCCUGCAGCGAGGGAUCCGGCGGGUCCAGGACCUCUGCAAGGUGCUGCAGCUGCCAGCAGCCUUUGAGGAAACGGCUGUGUCCUACUUCCAGAGGGCUCUGCAGCUGCCUGCCUUCCACCUGGUCAGCCUGGAGAAGAAGGAGCUGCUGGGGGGUUGCUGUGUGCUGGUGACGUGCCGGCAGCACCGCUGGCCGCUGACCAUGGGCACCGUGUGCUCCCUGCUCUACGCCAAGCAGGAGCUCUUUGCCAGCGUCUUCCUGAGCCUGCAGAGGGAGCUGGGGCUCUCCGUGCCCGCCCUGAGCCUGGCAGACCUGGUGACAACGCACCUGAGCAGCUUCCGGCUGGUCCAGCCCACUGCCAGCAUCCCUGCGCCCUUCCUGGAGGACAAGGAGAAGCUGCUGGCCCGGACCAUGGCCAUUGUGGAGCUGGCCAGUGACACGUGGCUGGUGACCGGGCGGCACCCCGUGCCCGUGGUGACGGCCGCGGCGUUCCUGGCCUGGCAGUCGCUGCGGCCCGGCCCGCGCCUCUCGUGCCCCUUGGCGCGGUUCUGCCGCCUGGCAGGGGUGGAGCUGCCGCCCCCGGCCCAGCUGAGGCUGAGGGAGCUGCUGGAGAUCCUGCUGGCAAUGGCCUCCCAGCUCUCCUGGCUGCGUGGCCUCCAGCUGGACAAGAAGACGGUGGUGAAGCACAUCGGGGACCUGCUGCAGCAUCGGCUGUUCCUGCUGAAACGCGCCUUCAGCCAGCAGGAUGGGCAGGAGCAGCAGGACACGGGCCUGGGCAUGGGCUCUGUGAGCCAGGGCUGCCAGGGCUCUGUGAGCCAGGGCUCCCUGGAUAAGGACUCUGUGAAUAAGGACUCCUCAAGCCAGGAUUCUGUGAGCCAGGACUUCCUGGAUAAGGACUCUAUGAAUAAGGACUCCCCAGGCCAGGGCUCUGUGAGCCAGGGCUGCCUGGGCCAGGAUUCCACAAGCCAGGGCUCCCUGAAUAAUGGCUCCCUGGGUAAGGACUCCUCAGGCAAGGGCUCUGCAGGCCAGGGCUCUGUGAGCCAGGGCUCCCUGGAUAAAAGCUCCCUGGAUAAGGACUCCUUAGGCCAGGAUUCCACAAGCCAGGGCUCCGUGAGCCAGGUCUGCCUAGGCCAGGGCUCUGUGGGCCCAGGCUCCCUGAAUAAGGACUCUGUGAAUAAGGACUCCCCAGGCCAGGACUCCCCAGGCCAGGGCCCCCGCAGCUCUCCUGCAGUGCCACAGCAGCAGGGCUGUCCCUCGGCAGGGCAGCAGCAGCAGAGGGGCACCCUGAGGCCCCUGCUCCCCCCCUGCCUCAUCCACCCCAGGAAGAGGCUGCGGGCGGCGGCUCUGAGCGCCCCGGGUGUGGCUGUGACAGGCGACGAGCCCAUCUCGGACAGCGAGAUCGAGCAGUACCUGCGGAGCCCCGAGGAGAUCCACGCCUUCAGGAAGGCCAAGGCCUGGUCCUGAAGGUGGCCGUGGCCCAGAGGGACAGUUUGGGGACCAGAAGUGUGAAGCCCACCAGGGACAGAGUGGUUGUGCUGCAGGGAUGGUCGCCCUGAGGGAAUGAGGCUGUGGGGAGGGAGCAGGCUGUGUCCUCCUUCAUGUGCUGGACCAAAAUGGGGCUUUUUAUGGAGUGACUGCUUCAGGUCGUGUUACAUUUCUGCUAUAAGUAAAUAAAAGUGCAGGUGCCAGGUUUUCCAGGGCAGCCUCA